CGACAAGUGACGGCCAAGUGUGGCUGGAAUUCCUAAACGCUCAACGACGAAGUGGUGGCUUGGGAAAUCGCUGGUCGGGGCAUGUACUCGGUGCAAUGGCAACGUACAAAAGCAUGAGCUGAUGAUAUACACUGACGAAUAUGCGUUUGGAGCGCAAUACCGCAUGACGUUGGCGCAGUCCAAUGGAUCGUGUGGUGUCCCAAACUUCGUUCAGGUUGUUCUCGGGAUUCGUUUGUCAUUUGUGGGCUGUUCGUCCAACAAGACCAUUCUCGGUGAAAUGAGCUUGAUAUCCACGAGUGCCAGCAAUCGCACGAUGCUGACGACGCAGCUUCAAAACGGCGCGGUGGUGGCCCACUUUUUGCGAGCUUUCACCUUUUCCAGCGGGAUAUUGGCGAGUUUCGGGAGCUCGCGUACUCUGGCACCGUGCAGCUAGUCGUCCUAGAGGCAUCGAGAUCGUUCUCCGGACGCUGGCCACAACCAAGGUCAAUGGAGCGCAUGCGUAUUUCACGAUCACGCUAAAACUGGUGGUGCCAACUGCUUACAGAGCAAUGCCGGACGUUUAUGAACAGUGAGACGGGCCACCGAGCCGCGGCGUGUCGUCUCCGUUGUGUCUGCCAUUCUCAACCCCGCAGCGGACAACAUGCUGAUUGCAGAGGUGGCGUCGGGCUCUGGUCUGGCGAAUACAUCGCACAUCCAUCGCGCGUGCUCGCACGGCCUUCAAACACUGUUCUUGGCUCCAGCCCCUGGUUGGAUCCGUAUUUGCCUCGAAGCGACCUCGACAUGCCCCGUUGCAGAUGGGACGAGGAGCGACGCUACAAAGCCUCAGAUCGAACCUACGACAUGGUAGAGCUAGCUGUUUCAAGUGGGCGUGGGGAAGUCGUGACGUUGUGACCUUUCAAAGCAACAACGGGUCCAUCAGCGUUACCACUGAUUCGGCGCUCGACGUCCUCGCAAGCCGCUUAACAUGGCGAAAUGUCAACAUUUGCCACGUACGCGCAGUCUGGGGUACAGGACGUGAUUGGCAUCAGCUCGGAAUCACGUGCAGUCCGAGCAUUUGCAUCUUAACUGCGCCAAAACAUGUUUGAUCUCGUC